AUGCACAAUAACGCUGUCACAUUCAAUGCAGGACUGAUGCAGGCAUUCGACAACACAUCUGCCUACUGCACCCUCGGCCCUGGCGCGUGCGGAGCCAAACUUCCGUCCACCGACGCCGUGCGACACAGAGCACAUCAUCAUGGACGUGGCGAUGCUAAUCAGCACCAGGGUGAAAUCGCUAGUGACUCCUCAUCAAGCAAAGUGCUCUCGAUCUCGCGAAGCAACCCGCCCGGACAAAUAGCUCCCGCGAUGAGAUAUCGAUGUGUGAUCGCGGUAGUCACUGCGUUAGGGUUGCCAGCAGCUGCGACAGUGCAGAAGUCGGCAGAACAGAUCGAAACCAGAUCGACGUCACGUUCUCUCAAUGUCGCCAUCGUCGGUGCUGGAGCGGCAGGAUCGUCUGCGGCCUAUCACCUGUCCAAGUAUGCGCAACUGGACGAUAUUUCGUUGAACAUUGACGUUCUGGAGAGAAAUGACUAUGUUGGCGGUAGGUCAACAACAGUAAACGCGUAUGACGAUCCCCUUCAGCCGGUGGAACUGGGUGCAAGUAUUUUUGUCAAAGUCAACCGUAUCCUCGUGGAUGCAGUGAACGACUUCAACCUCUCCACGUCUUCGUUGAAGCGGGACGAGCCCAAUGGAGGUCCGGCAUUAGGUGUCUGGGACGGCCAAGUCUUUCGACUCAUACAAAACGGCAGUGCCUUUGGUUGGUUCGACCUUGCCAAGUUAUUUUGGAAAUAUGGUCUCGCGCCUGUCCGGACAAUCAACCUUAUGAAGGCGACCGUCGGAGCCUUUCUCAAGGUGUAUGAUUCGCCCAUCUUCCCAUUUGAAUCUCUAACAGCCGCAGCAGUGAGCGUCGGAUUGUUGUCUGCUACUGCAUCUACAGGAGAAGAAUUCAUGCUUGCGAACGGAAUUCAAGGCGAUUUUGGGAAUGAUGUCGUGCAAGCGAGUACCCGCGUCAACUAUGCACAAAACUUGGCUCAUAUUCAUGGACUGGAAGCGAUGGUAUGUAUGGCCACAGAAGGUGCAAUGGCCGUGGAAGGGGGUAAUUGGCGAAUCUUCGACAAUAUGAUUGCAUCGUCCAAGGCUGAAUUACAUUUGUCGUCUGGAGUGCGCAGUAUUGAACGACUAUCAAAUGGCACCUACUCUGUCGCUACGCAGAGCAGCAAGACGGGUCCAGAGUCGAAGCUUUACGACGCAGUUAUCCUUGCAGCACCACAUCAGUUCUCCGGUCUCAAGCUCCUCAACGUCUCAAGACAAGUUGACAAAAUCCCUUACGUGCAAUUACAUGUCACAAUCUUCACCUCUCUGUACCGUCUAUCGCCAGUCUUCUUCGGUCUUAAGCCAGACGCAUUGGUUCCCAAAGUCAUCCUGACGACCCUGCCCAAGAACGAACCAGCUCAAAGCGGUCCUGCGAGCGUCGGUAGUCCUGGCUUCUUCAGCAUCUCGCUUCUCGACACGACAAUCAACCCAAACACACAGGCGCAUGAAUGCAUCUACAAGAUCUUCUCGCCCGAUGCGGUCACUGAAGCAUUUUUAGCGGAAUUGUUCCGCUUUCAAGACCAGUCACUAGACACUGCUGCGCAUCAUGAUGUCUCGCGGCACGUGACUUGGAUAUACCGUAAAGUCUGGCACAGCUAUCCUUACGAAUACCCUCGCGUAACGUUCGAGAAGUCAGAGCUUGAGUCAGGUCUUUACUACACCGGUGGUAUGGACUCGUUCAUCAGCACCAUGGAGACGAAUGCAUUGAUGGGCAAAAAUGUGGCCAGACUGCUGAUAGACAAGUGGAGUAAGCCGGCGGCAAGAAGGCAAAGUCCCGCAAAGGUUGAUCUCUGAGUGACCAUUCAUUCAUUUGCGCGUGUAGUAACGACCUUUGAUCUAUGUAUCAUGAUACAGCAUUAUCACGACGUUUGUUGUUUACGCGAGGUGCCUAGUCUGAUCUAAAUGCCAAUUUUAUC